UGACGCGUCGUCGGACUUACAAAGUCAGCUCUUACCUCGGUGUCAAAGUAUCUGCUAUUGGUUUGGGAUGUAUGAGCCUGGCUCCUGGUGUUUACGGAAAGGUUGACGAUGAAAACAGUGUCCAACUUUUGAACAAGGCGCUUGACAUCGGCUGCAAUUUUUGGGACACUGCAAGUAUGUGAAGACAUUUAUUACACAAAUCAACGUUGUCGGAAUAAUGUUAACUGCUUGCCUUGCGGUAGAUGUGUACGGAAACGGUCAUAGCGAGAACAUCAUCUCAAAAGUUCUUAAGGACCGUAGAAAGGAUGUGUUUUUAGCAACGAAAUUUGGUAUCGAUUCUUCUUCAGGCGCUGCUGUUGCCAACGGAGACCCAGAAUAUUUGACUAAGUGCUGCCAUGACUCGCUCGAGCGAUUGGGAACCGACUAUAUUGAUUUGUACUAUUGCCACCGCAUUGACAAAAACAUACCAAUUGAAACCACUGUGGCUGCUAUGGCAAAGUUGGUAGAAGAAGGCAAGGUCAAGUACCUUGGUUUGUCAGAGUGCACGGCUACUACCCUUCGACGAGCGCAUAAAGUUCACCCUAUCACGGCUGUUCAGAUGGAAUAUAGCCCAUGGACUUUGGAUAUCGAAAGAAACAAUCUUUUGGCAACAUGCCGUGAACUUGGCGUGUCUGUUGUUGCCUUUUCACCACUAGGACGUGGAUUUUUGUCUGGAGAGAUCAAGAGCAUGGAUGAUUUGGAUGCUGACGACUCCCGUCGCAACAACCCUCGUUUUCAAAAGGAAAACUUCGAAAAGAAUCUUGAAUUGAGCGACAAAAUCAAGGAAGUAGCGGAUAAAAAGGGAGUCACAUCGUCUCAACUCUGCUUGGCAUGGCUUUUAGCACAAGGUGAAGACAUUUUUGUUAUUCCUGGAACUCGCAAGGAAAAGUAUCUUUUGGACAACUAUGGAGCUGGAUCUCUUCAACUCACUUCAGAAGAAGUCUCUGCCAUCAGAAAUAUUACGGAGUCUUUCAAUGUAGCUGGGCCUCGCUAUUUCGCUGCACAGAUGUCGCUUUUGGAUCGAGACGAUUAAAAAGUGGAUACAGGG